AUGCCUGGCAUUGGAAAUGUGGACGUCUUUCAUGAUGGUCGUGUGGAAGUGCUGGGGGGCGGCAGUCUCCAGAUCUCCAACAUUGCAGUGGAAGAUGCUGGUACAUACACCUGUGUAGGGGAAAACCUCAACUCUACCAUUGAAGCCCAGGCCCAGCUCACAGUUCAAGACGUAGCCCUGCCCUCCUUUCCUUCCCCCUCACUGACUCCUAACACUGCUGACCAUGUAACACCAGGCUCCGGAGGCGUGGCCGGUCCGGCGGGCCCCACCCCCUCCGCCCCUCGAGACGUCGUCGCAUCGCUGGUCUCCACCCGCUUCAUCAAGCUGACCUGGCGCCAACCGGCCGAGCCGCACGGAGACGAGUUAACCUACUCGGUUUUCUACAGCCAGGAGGGCACCAGCAGAGAGCGGGUUGUGAAUACCAGCCGUCCAGGAGAGAUGCAAGUCACCAUCCAGAAUCUGAUGCCAGACACCAAAUAUCGCUUCAGAGUCGUGGCUCACAACAGCAACGGGCCGGGCGAGAGCUCUGCAGCGCUCAAAGUGGCCACCCAAGCUGAAGUCCAAGUCCCGGGCCCCGCUCCCAACCUGCAGGCGGUGUCGAACUCACCCACCUCGGUUUCUCUUAGCUGGGACAAACCCCUCACAGGCAACGGAGAGAUCCUCACCUACAAGGUGUACUACACAGACAAAAGUGUUGGCAGUGAACAGGACGUGGACACAGAUGCUCAGUCCUACACGAUGACGGGCCUGAAGAAGAACACGGAGUACAGCUUCCGUGUCGUGGCCAACAACAAGCACGGUCCUGGAGUCUCCACGGAGGAUGUGAUUGUUCGCACGCUCUCAGACGUUCCUAGCGCCCCUCCUCAAAACCUCACUCUGGAGGUCCAGAACUCAAAGAGCAUCAUACUUCGGUGGCAACCCCCACCCCUCGGCGGGCAGAACGGGGAGAUCAUCAGCUACAAGAUCCGUUACCGGAAAGGAUCCCGGAGGAGUGAAUCAGCUGUCACCACUGCAGGCGCUCAGCUGUACAAGCUCAUUGACGGUCUCGAUCCUGGAACGGAGUACUCGUUCAAGGUGACGGCCCUGACGGUGAACGGCACGGGACCGGCCACCGAGUGGACCACAACUGAGACGUUCGAGAGCGAUCUGGAUGAGUCCCAUGUGCCGGACCAGCCCAGCUCGCUGCACGUUCGACCGCUGGUCAACAGCAUCGUGGUGAGCUGGACGCCACCAGAGAACCAGGACAUCGUGGUGCGCGGUUACACCAUCAGCUACGGCAUCGGGAGUCCCCACGCUCAGACCAUCAAAGUGGACUACAAACAGCGCUACUACACGAUCGAGAACCUCGACCCCAGCUCCCACUACGUGAUCACGCUGAAGGCCUUCAACAAUGUGGGGGAAGGCAUUCCUGUUUAUGAGAGCGCCAUCACCAGACCACAGUCAGACCCCAUAGACCCCGAUGUUGACUUGUAUGAAAUCUUCCAUGCUCCAUACACCCCAGUGCCAGACCCCACCCCCAUGAUGCCUCCCGUGGGUGUUCAGGCCUCCGUGCUGAGCCACGACACCAUCAAGGUGACGUGGGCCGACAGCUCGCUGUCCAAGAACCAGAAGAUCACGGACAACCGCUACUACACCAUUCGAUGGAAGACCAAUAUCCCCGCCAAUGCUAAAGUGAAGAUGGCCAACUCCACCACUCUGAGCCACGUGGUGUCGGGUCUGAAGCCCAACACGCAGUACGAGUUCUCCGUCAUGGUGACCAAAGGUCGCCGCUUCAGCACGUGGAGCAUGACGGCCGUGGGCACCACCCUGGAGACCAUUCCCAGCUCACCCCCUAAAGAUGUGACCGUAGUGAGCAAAGAGAACAAGCCUCGCACCAUCAUUGUGAACUGGCAGCCUCCCUCUGAAGCCAACGGGAAGAUCACUGGUUAUAUUAUUUACUACAGUACAGACGUCAACGCAGUGGUUCAUGACUGGGUUAUUGAGCCGGUGGUGGGGAACCGGCUCACACACCAGAUCCAGGAUCUGACUCUGGACACCACCUACUACUUCAAGAUCCAGGCCCGGAACUCAAAGGGCAUGGGCCCCAUGUCGGAGGCCGUGCAGUUCCGCACGCCCAAGACCUCAAAUCUUCUACCGAAGGCAGGACUUCCAGGCAGCCAACAUCCACACGACCCUGGGACUCCUCUAGGUAAAACAGGUGUCGGGAGUGGUGAGAAUCACAUCCUGGUCAUUGUUGUCAUUAUCUCAGUGGGAGCCUUUACCACCAUAGUCGUGGUAGUGGGUGCCUUCCUGUGCACACGUCGCACCACCUCCCACCAGAAAAAAAAACGGGCUGCCUCAAAGUCCACAAAUGGAUCCCACAAAUACAAGGGCAAUUCCAAGGACCUGAAGCCACCUGAUCUUUGGAUUCAUCAUGAAAGGCUGGAACUGAAACCUAUGGACAAGUCACCAGAGCCCAACACUGUCAUGACAGAGACGCCCAUCCCACGCAGCUCACAGGACAUCACGCCGGCCGACAGCAGCCUGGAGAGCAACCCCCACCUGCAGCAGAGACGCAACUCCUACCGUGAGUCUGUGAGGAACACGCCCUGCUCAGAGCCCCUUCCUCCUCCCACCGCCUCCUCCCAGGUCUCCUGCCCUUCCGAGAUCCUGGCCGACCCCGAGGGCAGCUACCACGGCUCCACCACCACCGAGGAGGAGCCCAGCUACUCCAGCAACCUACCCCCCCACCGCUCGGCCCACCCGCACGCCCACGCCCACCCACUCAAGAGCUUCGCCGUACCUGCCAUCCCAGCUCUCAGCCACCCGUCAUACGACUCCCCCGCCCUGCCCAGCACCCCCCUGCUCGCUCAGAGCGGUGCUCCCACUCACCCUCACAUUGUGAAAACAGCGUCCAUCGGAACGCUGGGGAGGACGCGCUCGCCCAUGAUCGUCACCGUGCCCAAUGCCCCUGAUGUACCAGAGACCAGCAAGAUGCUGGAGGAUGUGGACAGCGUGCUUGCCUCCCUCCCUCCCUGCCCAUCCCCUGCCCCUCGCAGUAACCCUGUUCCUCUCCCUCAGAGCUACGAGCCCGACGAGCUGACUGAGGAGAUGGCCCACCUCGAGGGCCUGAUGAAGGACCUGAACGCCAUCACAACAGCGCCAUGAGCACAGGAACGCUCUCUCUGUGGCUGCCACACAACGUUCGACAGACAAAUAGACCCGAACUCAAACCUUCUGGAGUAAUGGACACUAAACGGCCUCUUGUGCCCAGAAGGGAACUCCCCCGUUUGUUCCUCCUCAAAGCGGGGAAGAGAAGAAGAAAACUACCUUCCAGACUGAAACUUCUUCUGGGCUCCCCUUAGUCUCAGGAAGGAGAUGUCCCCGAGAAGGACGAGAAACGAGACGCUUCUUUAAGUGAAGAGCGAUGAACUCUGUGGUCGCGUUUAACUGGAAGUUUGUGUUCUAUAUUAUUUUGUUCUCCGCAGCCAAACUUCACGCGGUUUACGUUUGAACUCAGACGAGACGGCCGGUUUGGGCUCUUUAGAUGCUGGUGCUCGUGCAGCGCA